UCUCCUCCUCCUCUCUCUCCCUCCCCCUCUCUAAAGCUAUUUUCACUUUUCACUUGUCACUUUUCGUUGUUUCUACAGAGAUAGUGCUUUAAAAGAUCAGGAUUUGUGACUGAACUGGGUCUUCUCCAUUCGGUUGUUUCUGAAAACUACAUAGCUGUUUCAUUUCUCACUCUUGUUGAACUAUUUUACGGGAGAAUUGUUGAGGAACUCAAUGCUAGUUACCAUGAAAUGGCAUGGGCUUGCUUGUCAAAAGGGUGUGUAUUUUCCAAACAAUGGUAAAGAUAGAAAUUGUUGUAGAAGUUCUUGCUGUGGUGGAUAUGGUUGUUCAGCUAUGAAAACAAGGAGAAUUCAUGUGGGAACAUGUGAGCUCAAUGUGGUUUCCGUGUCAAUGAAGGGUCUUACUUGGUUUGGAUGUGUUCGAUUGAAGUUGCCUCAGAUGGGUUUGCAAUUCGGGUCCAUUACAAUGAGAAAUUCGCUGGCUGUAUCAGGCGUGGUAGCUUGUAAUGAAUCUAAGUUGGUUUCCGAAGAUAACAGACAAAAAGAAUUGAUUCGAAGAGGAAUAGACCAAUUUGAUAAGGAUCCUCUUGGACAAAAAUUACCUCCUUGGGGAAUUGUCAGUGACAAUUCUGAGUUGGUUUCUAAUGAAAAGGAAGAACAAGACUUGGUUGAGAGUGGAAAAGACCAAUUUGACAUGGAUUCUUGUGGACAGAAUUUGCCACUUCAGCAGGGAUCAGAUAUUAAUAAUGAAAAAAUUGUUCAGUCACCAUCACUUUUAAACAAUAGGGUUACUGUUAAUGAAAGUAGGGUGCAUUUUUUAGAGGAAACUGAUGAAAAUGAGUUAUCAAGAAGGAUUUUGAUGCUUAGUAGAUCUAACAAGAUUAGAAGUGCACUGCAGUUGCUUAGGUCCAUGGAAUUCUCAGGCCUCCAACCUAACAGACAUGCUUGUAACUCUCUUCUCUCUUGCCUUAUAAGACACGAACUGCAUGAGGAUGCUUUGAGAGUUUUUGAGUACAUGAAGAAAAAUGAGAUCACAACAGGCCAUGCAUAUAGCUUAAUACUGAAAGCAGUUGCAAGUACCAAGGGUUGUGAUUCAGCACUUGAUAUGUUUACUGAAUUGGAAGCAUUUUCCAGAGAGAAGAAGGAUUUUGAUGUAAUUGUUUACAACACAAUGAUAUCUGUUUGUGGCAAGGAGAAAAAUUGGGUUGAAACUGAAAGAAUAUGGAGAAGUAUGAAGGAAAAUGGCUAUCAUGGAACACAAGUUACUUACUCACUUUUAGUUAGCAUUUUUGUUCGUUGCGGUCGGAAUGAGCUAGCUCUUGAAGCUUACAGCGAAAUGGUUCAAAAUGGUUUGAAACCAAGAGAGGAUACACUGCAUGCUGUUAUUGGUGCAUGUUCAAAGAAGGGAAAUUGGGACUUGGCUCUGAAUAUCUUCCAAAAUAUGUUGGAUCAUGGGCUGAAGCCAAAUCUUAUUGCAUGUAAUGCAUUGAUUAAUUUACUUGGGAAAGCAGGGGAAAUCAAACUAGCAUUUAAGGUCUUUAAAAUUCUCAAGUCUUUGGGUCAUACACCUGAUGAGUACACAUGGAAUGCAUUGCUCAGUGGUCUAUACAGGGCAAAUCAACAUGUUGAUGCUCUUCUGCUCUUUGAGAGACUAAAAAGAGAACAAAAUUCUCUAUUAAAUGAACAUUUAUACAACACUGCUCUGAUGUCAUGCCAGAAACUCGGUUUAUGGGAUAGAGCUCUUCAGCUUGUAUGGCAGGCGGAAGCUUCUGGGCUUUCAGUUUCAACAGCAUCUUAUAAUCUUGCUAUUGGUGCUUGUGAAGUUGCUAGAAAGCCAGAAGUUGCUUUGGAAGUUUAUGAGCACAUGGUUCACCAGAAGUGCCCUCCAGACACAUUUACCUAUUUGUCGUUGAUAAGAAGUUGCAUUUGGGCAUCUCUUUGGGAUGAGGUGGAGGAAAUACUAGAUCAAGUUGCACCAGAUGUCUCCCUCUACAAUGCUGUAAUCCAUGGAAUGUGCUUAAGAGGCAAGACUGAAUCAGCAAAGAAGCUGUACAUGAAAAUGGGCAAGAGCGGUCUAAAACCAGAUGGGGCCUUGAUGCUCCAGAACUUGCGGAAGAAUUCAACUAAAAGAAGCAGGUUUUCUACCUGCCGUAGAUAAUCCACAUGGAAUCAUAUCCUUAGUACUGUAACUUAACAUCUAGGAAGAGAACACAAAUGAAAGAGCAUGCUGUCGAUCGUUGUUUUGAGUCUUUUGACUUCUGCAAAUAUCAUGGGACAUAGUUGUGCCAUGAUAUAGCAAAGUAAAUUACCCAUGUCUAGUCUUUAGCUAUACAAAAUAUCCCAGUUCCAAUGC